CUGUCAUCCCUAAUAAGGAUUUAUAUCGUGUUGUCCAUGACAACAAGAUAAUGGUACAAUUUUUUCAUAAUACAAUUGUUAGAGCUGUUGCAGAUGAUGAUAACAUCCCAUUGUAUAGAUUUGAUUUUAUACAAUUACAUUUUUUGGAACAAUUCCGUAGUAAUGCAGUACUCCCUGAUGUGGUUGGUCUGGUUGUGAACGAAGUCGGAGACUCAAUCGAAAUAGAAGACAAGUGGGGACAACGCAUCCAAAUCAAGUUUUGGAACGAUUGCUUUGUUGAGUACUCAAAACAAAAAGACUUACUUAGUGACUCUACUAAGCCUUUUUUUAUAGUCGUUACUUCUACCAUGGUUAAAGAAUUUAAUGGUAAACUUAAUCUAUGUACUUCUUCGUCAACUAAAAUCUAUAUAAAUCUUGAAGUCUCUGAAGUUGUUGAGUUGAAAGCUAUAUUAAGGUAUGCAAAUAGUAUUAUUUUGGAUGACUUAAUCUUCUAUUGCAAGGCUAAAGUGACUAAAGUUUUCGGUGAAAAUAGCUGGUACUAUAUCUCAUGUCCAGGGUGUAAAAGACGCAUAACACCAAGAAAAACAGACUUCUGGUGCAUACCUUGUGAGAAAAAAACUGAAAGGCCAAUUCCAAGGUACCGUUUGGAGUUUGGUGUUCUUGAUCAUAGUGGAUCUACAAUAUUUGUGAUUUUUGAUGAAGAAGCUAAGAAACUCAUUGGACAAGAUGCAAGUACUCUUUUUGAGGCAAAUAUUUAUGAAAAGGCUACUAGCAACAACGAUGAUAGCGACAACGAUGAUGAAGUACAAAUUCCGAAAAUCAUUGAAAAUAAUAUAGGGAGAGAAUUGUUAUUCAAAGUUAAACUCACUGCUUAUAACCGUAAGAUAAAAAGACAAACUUUUACUGUGAUGAAAAUUAUCGAUCCAACUUUCAUCGAGGGCAAUGAUAAGGAAACAAAGGACAAGGAAAUGGAAGACAACCUUAAGGAUGGUAGUGAUUCUAAGGAGGAUACCAAUGAUUCGUCCAAUGAUACAUCAAAAAAGUCAAAGGACGAGGAAGUUGUAGACAACAAAAAACGUCCUGAUGAUGGUAGUGAUACUAAGGAAGAUAACAAUGAUUCGCCCAACGACACAAUAAAAAAGGCCAAGGCUUAA